GGCGAUGCUUCCGGUAGCUGCAGCGGGCGCUUGAUCCACUGUCAGAUAACUUUUGUGAGAAAGUAUGGAGUUGGGAAAAGGGAAACUGCUCAGGACUGGACUAAAUAUAUUGUAUCAAGCAAUACACCCAACUCAUGGCCUGGCCUGGACUGAUGGGAGUCAGGUAGUGUUGACUGAUUUACAGCUUCACAGCGGAGAGGCCCAGUUUGGGGACUCCAAAGUCAUUGGACAGUUUGAACACGUCUGUGCCCUGUCCUGGGCGCCCCCUGGUACAGCUGACACACCUGCUCUGCUUGCUGUCCAGCACAAGAAGCAUGUCACUGUAUGGCAGAUGUGUCUCAGCACUACGGAAACAAGCAAAUGGCUGAUGUCUCAGACCUGUGAGAUUAGAGAAUCACUCUCUGUCCUUCCCCAGGGCUGUGUGUGGCACCCAAAAAAUGCUAUCCUGGCUGUGCUGACUGCACAGAAUGUCUCUGUUUUCCCUAAUGUACACCGUGACAGUUCUCAGGUAAAAGUGGACAUCAAUGCUCAGUACCGCAUUCACUGUGCAUCUUGGACUCAGGAUGGCCAGAGGCUGGUGGUGGCAGUAGGCAGCAGCCUGCACUCUUAUAUCUGGGACAGUGCUCAGAAGGCCCUGCACAGGUGCUCCUUUUGCCCAGUGUUUGAUGUGGUCAGCUCCAUCAGUGCCAUCCGAGCCACUGUGGACUCACAGGUUGCCAUAGCCACAGAGCUUCCACUAGCUAAGAUUUGUGGUUUAAAUGAAUCUGAAACCUUUGAUAAUCCCCUCAAUGGUGAAGAUACUUGUCCAUGUACUUUACCAAUUAUUGAUGAGCUACCUUCUGUGGAUAAGGGGGCAAUUACUUCCGAAACAAAUUCUGAAGAAUCAGUUUCUCCUCCCGUUUCUUCUUACUAUUCAGAUCCGCUGGAUCUAACUCACAUACAUUUCAAUCGACAGAAGUCUGAGGGUAGUUCUCUUAUUUGUCUAAGAAAAAAGGACUACUUGACAGGAACUGGCCAGGAUUCUUCUCAUUUGGUCCUUGUGACCUUUAAGAAAGCAGUUACCACGACCAAAAAAGUCACCAUUCCAGGCAUUCUGGUUCCUGAUCUAAUAGCAUUUAACCUUAAAGCCCAGGUAGUGGCAGUGGCUUCCAAUACUUGUAAUAGCAUUUUGAUCUAUUCUGUCUUUCCAUCUUCUAUGCCAAACAUACAACAGAUUCAGUUAGAGAGUAGUGAAAGACCGAAAGGCAUAUGUUUCUUGACAGACAAAUUAUUAUUAAUUUUAGUGGGAAAACAAAAGUCUGCAGAUACAGCAUUUCUUCCUUCUUCAGAGACUGAGCAGUAUGUCAUCCGCUUGAUUGUGAGAGAAGUAAUGUUGGAAGAAGAAUCUUCAAUAAUGUUGGAUGAAAGCCAAAGUGCCUACCCUCCCUUCAGUGUUCUUUUAAACAAAAUGAAUAGAAAAAAGUUACCUAAAAGUUUUUCCCCAGAUUUUUGUCACCAAAACAAAGGGUUCUUGUUAACAGCUAACACCGGUAGUCAGAAUGAAAGGCCUGGAAGAACCAUGAUUAAAGAAAUCAAAAGUCCUCCAUCUAGUAGCUGUGAUGGUUCCACUGCAACAGAAAUACUUCAUAAGCCUGGCUGGGUCUGGGCAACAGAGUUCAGAACACCAGAUGACACCAGCACAAUGGAACCUCCUCAUUUGCCUCAAAGAAGGAACUUACAAGGGGAAAAGGAAACUUACCAGCUUUCUAAGGAACUGGAAAUUUUAUCCAAAAACCUGAUCGAAAUGCAACAACGUCUUUCUGAACUCACAGACUUUCUACAUAAUGAGAAGAAGUUCUCUCCAGCAUAUCCACUCUCUCAAGAUCUGCCUUAUGUUCACAUCAUUUAUCAGAAACCUUAUUAUAUAGGUCCUGUUGACAAGAGAGCGGUGCUUCUCUGUGAUGGGAAACUAAGACUCAGUACAGUUCAGCAGACUUUCGGCCUCUCUCUCAUUGAAAUGCUACAUGGCUCCCACUGGAUCCUCCUUUCUGCUGACAGUGAGGGCUUUAUCCCAUUAAUUUUCACGGCUGCACAGGAAAUAAUCAUCAGAGAUGGCAGCCUGUCCAGGUCAGCUGUCUUCAAUGACUCCCUUUCUCACAGUCUGGAUCCUGUUUCUUCUAAAGUCUUAAGAGACCUAACUGCCCAAAGUUCAGGUACCACUGGCCGUUCUCCUAUGUAGACAGUUUUGUAGAAUAUCUUCUGCAUAGCUUUUCAGAUGAGACCAUGCAAGCAAGGUCUGCUUUCCACUGUGGACUGUCACCAGUGCAGUUUACGCCAUCACUUGGAGACAGUGCUUGUCUUAGUGGUUCUACCUCUUUUUCCCUUUCUCCUGGGCUGAGACCCACUGCUCUGUACCAGAGCUCAGUCUUUGUUACAUGGCUCAGAAAGUGGUUGUUGAUGUAUUCGUGGAUCUGUGGUUUUGUCUAAGGGCAGAAUUCCCAGAACAAAACAAUGGUGUGGUACCAUAUGGAUUGUGUUUUAUGGUUUCUCUGAGACUUUCUGUUCCUUGCCCAAAGCUGUGUUAAAGCUGUCUUAGGAGCACUUAGAAGAUACCUCUGCAUUGUUACAGAUCUUUCUCUUGGCUUGAAGAUGAGAGUAAGGAGCACUGCUGGAGAGCAUAUGCUCCAGCAUAUCUUAUAAAAUCUCAAACCACCAGAAAUCAGUAGAACUAAAGGAAGACAAAAACAAUUGACUUGAUUCCAGGGCUACCUGGAAAAGAAAGAGUUCUGAAGUUAGCCAGACCUCCCAGGAUUUAAACCUAACCCUUGUGGCUUUAAAAACAUUAUGACCAACAAAGGUCAAGAUACCUCUAAAAAAUGUAAAAACUGGCCCUGGACAAGUUAUGAAUGAAAUAUGAUUUGGCCCUUCUGGACUUCCUGAACUUGUAAUGAUCUUAUUAUUACAAUCUCAAGCACAGACCAGGUCCAAAGCAUGAUACUGUGCUACUGUCACUCAUAAUUUUCUUCCAGAAAUACUUUCUAAAAAAUAAAUAAUAAAAAUGAUCUAUUUUUCUCUCAGUAGUCAA